UAAUAGAAUCGUUUGUUUUUUUAACUGAAAACUGAUACGCUAAUCAGAAAAUGAGAAAAAACUGGCUAAUUCUUAUUUUUUAAUAAACAAAUGGAUGGAAACUGAUACUCUUUAGACAGCUAUUGGAUCAGAUGCAUGAUUAAGUAGUUAAUUAGUUUAAAAAUGAGAAUUUUUAUUGAUUUUCGUAACGAAAGAGUUGGCAUUUUUGAAGUGUUUCGAGUGAACUUUUCGUCAAGUGUCGAGUGUGUCAAGUGACCAGAAAAAAUGCAAAAUACAACAACAGCUUGGCCAGGGUUGAAAGGAGGAGUGGAGUGAAGCAGGAGGCGGCUGGCGGUGGUAGGGAAGGUGGCAGCCCCGCCAGUCAGCCAGUCAACCAUUCAGAAUAUUAGAAACACUACACUCGCACUCGCACAUUCCAAGUAUGAGUUAAUUUGAAGAUGAGGCUUCAGGACCUGCUGCUAGCAAUCGCUUUUUUGCCGCUUGCCAUCGCCUGCUCGUCGCGAGCCAUCGCCAAGCCGCGUCCCACAGCUGCUCCGAUCCUGCCGCCAGAUAAUGUGGAGAUCUCCUCAACAACACCCCGUCCGAAUGUCACCUUUCCGAUCUACGCCUGUCCGCCGACAUAUGCCGCCUGGUAUUGCAUGAACGAUGCCACCUGUUUCACAGUUGAGAUCCAAAACGAGAUAUUAUAUAAUUGCGAGUGCCCGUUGGGAUUUACGGGUCAGAGAUGCGAGUACAAGGAAAUCGAUGGAUCCUAUCUGCCAACCAGGAAUCGAGUGAUGCUGGAGAAGGCCAGCAUCGUUAGUGGUGCCACACUGGCGCUCCUCUUCAUGGCCAUGUGCUGCGUCAUUCUGUAUCUGCGUCACGAGAAGAUGCAGAAGAAGAAAGUGCAAGAUAGCAACACCACCACUACCACCACCGUGGAUGGAGGAUUCCAAAAUGAUGGCAUGGAUGAGGUGGAUGGUUUGAAGCCACUCCGUUCAGUGAGACGGCCGUUCGGUCCAUGCCAGAUUAUGACCUUGGAGGAGGCCCAUCGGCAAGCGAAUCGCCCCCCCCGGCACUGCAACUAACUAAGCCAGCCUGUCAGCUGUUUGUUUUUAAUGUCUAACAUGUCCAACUGUUUGUUUAAAUCGUUUAAACGAAUCACUAUUUUUUUAACGAAUGACUUAGUCUUAAGUGCUCACUUAUGUGCCUCUAAAACGAACUUUAGACAAAGUAUUAACGAACGAAAACUGACUAUAAUCUAGAUAUAAAUGCAAUGCAAUUUCGGCAGCUAGCCGCCCCCAUUUAUUUAUUAUACACUCCUAACUUUAUUAAUACGAUGCGUGACCUAUUACGUUAAUAAAACCGACUAAACAGAAA